AACAAGUCCGAUUUUGUGCGAAAAUUUUACUUAUUUCUAGAGUAUUGCUGAUUUAAUAACCUAAUAUUAUUUUAUUGAGCUAUUGAUUGUAUUGAAGUAACUCCACAUUUAUUCUGAAAACAUCCUUUCCCGGCCAGAACAAAAUUAACACUUCCGGUUUGUGUGUGAAAGGCGGAACAAGCGGCCCAACGGAGGGAACAAAGGACGAUUGAGUUAACAAAUAUGGAAAUAGCCUCCUCUACUUAGCCAAGUCUCCAGCCACGAUGUCAAAACGACCAUCCUACGCCCCUCCCCCUCCCCCUGCCCCGACAACACAAAUGCCUUCCACCCCAGGCUUUGUGGGCUACAACCCUUACAGCCAUCUGGCCUACAACAACCUCCGGCUGGGAGGGAGCUCCGGAGGCUCCAGCAGGAACUCCUCAGGCGUCACGGUCCCAAAGCCUCCCAAGCCUCCAGACAAGCCACUGAUGCCUUACAUGCGGUACAGCCGGAAGGUAAGCAGGAAGGUAUGGGACCAAGUGAAGGCAUCCAACCCCGACCUGAAGCUGUGGGAGAUUGGAAAGAUUAUCGGAGGGAUGUGGAGAGACCUGACUGAUGAGGAGAAACAGGACUACCUGAACGAGUACGAAGCUGAGAAGAUUGAGUAUAACGACUCUCUAAAGGCCUACCACAACUCACCAGCCUACCUGGCCUACGUCAACGCCAAGAACCGCGCAGAGGCCGCAAUGGAGGAGGAGAGCAGACAGAGGCAGAGUCGUAUGGACAAAGGAGAGCCGUACAUGAGCAUUCAGCCCGCCGAAGACCCCGAUGACUACGAUGAUGGUUUUUCGGUGAAGCACACAGCAGCCUCUCGCUUCCAGAGGAACCACCGGCUCAUCAGUGACAUCCUCAGUGAGAUUGUGGUGCCAGACGUCCGCUCGGUGGUCACCACGGCCCGCAUGCAGGUCCUUAAGAGGCAGGUCCAGUCUCUCAUGGUGCACCAGAGGAAGCUGGAGGCAGAACUUCUGCAGAUUGAGGACCGCCACCAAGACAAGAAAAGACGUUUCCUGGAGACCACCGACUCAUUCAACACUGAACUGAAGCGGCUGUGCAGUCAGAAGGUGGAGGUGGACAUGGACAAGCUGGCAGCGGAGAUGGCUGCGGCUGAAGAGGCGGCCAGGCGGCGGGCGGAGGAGAGGGAGCGCGAGGCGGCCGAGCAGGCGGAGAAAGCCGCCCAACAGGCGCAGCAGCAGCAGCAACAGGAGACUGCUGGAAACAAGGCUGCAGAGCAGGGCGGUGCUAACGCUAGCAGCCCAGCUAACCCCACCUCAGGGACCAAGGAGGAGGACAAGCCCACACCAAUGGAGACAGAUGAGGCAGUACCUGCAGAACCCUCCUCAGACCCCCAGCCCGCUCCACCUCCUUCAUCUGACCCCCCCUCCUCUGCCUCUGACAAAGCCACCCCUCCCCCCGAGCCCCCCAGGGAGAGCAGCACCCCUACCAGCAUUGCCCCCAGCGACGACAGCAGCAGCAGCAGCAGCAGCAGCAUGCCCCCCCCCUCCUCAGAGAGCGCCCCGGGAGCAACAGCCCCGGCGGUCCCGGACCCCCCGGCGGCCCAGGAAGCCAACACCAGCGCGCCUAAUCCCAACGUGGCCGCAGCACCUCCGCCCGCCCCCGCCUCGGACGAGCCAGCCCCUCCGCCGCCGCCACUUCUGCCCCCCAGCCAGGGCAGCCAGCCGUAUGACAUGUAGUAGUGCGUUUUUGUUAGAUACACAGUGGUAACCAUAGAAGUCCUCCUCGCGCUGCAGCUCUGCCUGGGCGGAGCAGCAGCGCUGUGGUCGCGCAGCAGCCAAGGUGUGGGAAGCAGCGAGACGUCUAUGCUGGCUCUGUCAUCGACAGAUCUUGUGAAUGGGCGGUGCUGAAUGCUUGAGGGGUCUGAGAGUAUGCUCAAUAAACAGUUACACACAUGUAUUUCACAUACAAGAGUGAUAAAGGCUUUUCAUCAUCCAGCCUCAUGUAGCCGGGCCAAGCCCCAAGCUGUUGGGGUAACACGGGAUAAUUGGGAUUUCACUUAAAUCUGCGUAGGUUUUCCUUUUUUUUUUUUUUUUUUUUUUUUUAUAUAAAUGUACUCCGCUUAACCUGGUUUGGUGACCGAAUGAAUUGGAAUUUCGUACGAAAUUUGACCGGGUUUGUGUUCCAGGUGCCGUGCAAGCCAUUCCUCUUUUCUUACAAUGUCACUUGAUGGAUUUGUGUCAAAUAACCACACAGACUUCAAACAGGAUGCUCUGGGGCUGUUAAAUGGCAAGUGGUCAGCAGUAACCCCGCUGGCUGCUUGGCCGUCACAUACAGGCAUCCAACUCAACGCCUGCCGUCACUGUGACUGCCGUCUGCUCCUCAUUGUCGUAAAAAACAUCCAUCAGUAAAUCCUACGGUGCGUUUCCAGUUGGCAGAGAAAAGCAGCAAACGCUCUCAUUUAAGAGGCUGGAACUACAGAAUGUUCAGCAUUUUCGCUUGGCAAUUUGAAAUUAAAAAAACAACCGACCAACCUCUUAAUUGAUUAUCAACAUAGUUACCGAUUGUUGAUGAACUCGUUAAAUCUCGUUGAAGCUAUGAUUCUGCGUCACCGUGAGGGGGCACUCGUUGCCAGCUGCUCCAUAAUACUUCCUCGUCUAUGAAACCAGGAGAGAGAGAAAGUGAUUUCAGCAGUAGUUUGUAGGGAGAGUGCAUGCUGAUGGCUGUUUUUUUUAGUUUUUUUUUAAAUUUACACUCAAAUGUAAACCUCCAGUAACUCCCACUGUUCCACAUAGAGUUCUUUCUAUAGCGCUCAGUUUUGAUGUAUAAACAUUUAAAUCAGCCCUUAUGGUUUCCUUAAAUAAGGCCCCAGCUGCAAACUUAAAGGGGUACAUUUCAUAAACAUAAUUCAUGUUCUGAGUCUCAAUUGUCUGAAGCUCAGCGUACGUUCUCCCCUCCAAUUUUAAAACCUCAAUCUUGUAUCAGUUUGUGUGAUUUGCAAAACUACUGUUACUGCUUUUUCUCUGUGUUUUUUAGAGAUCUAGUGGAACCUUUUAGAUUAAUGUACUCAAAUUCAGCCUUUUAUAUUGAUAUAAACAUUAACUCUGGAAUUGGAUGCCAUCUUCUAACAUGUUUCAGUUUGACUGGGGAUGACGCACCUUGUGAUAGUUUCCAGGUCUGAAGUUAGUAAGGGAGCAAGGCACAUUUUAAAUUACUGUGGUGCACUCGCAUUCUGCAUGCUAUACUAUAUACUAACCAGGAUCCUGCAAGCAUUGAGGUCGAGGAAAACUGUUAUUGAGGUUGAAGUGUAAGACAAAACACGCAACGUGUGCAAGAAACACACAAAAAAAAUGAAAUGAUAGGCAAUAGUUAUUAAUGAUAGUUUCCAAGGUGCUUCAUUAAAAUCUGUGGCUGGUGAAGUGACUUGCAUCGAGUAUAAAAAGUUGACAUUGCUGUUUGUUCCCCUGUAUAAAUCACAUUUAUGUAAAAAGACCUGACACAUUUCUCACUUAGCAUUUAAUCUGUAAGAGCUUCUCCAUUAAGUUGAGGCUAUUUAUUUUUUAAAGACCGUUCCUCCUUUAGACUGCAUACUCCUCCUGUUUACACCACAAGCAGAGAAAUGCACACGCUAUCCUCAUCCAAAUGUAACCUCAGUCACUUGUGCAUUUAAAGGACUGUUUUCUUACUUGGGACUGUUUUUAGUAAUAAGCCUGUUUUAUUUUUUGUUUUUUUGCAUCUUUCUUUUGUACUGUCUGAACUUCUCUAUCCAAAUAAAGAUGAUUUCUCAGUC